UGUUAUCAUCUGUAGUUACUCUAUAUCUAUUUAUGGUAAUUAUAAUAAACUUCAUUUCCUGCACACAACGGAUCAACAAAAUUUUCCAAAAAUUGGAAAAAUUUUUGAUUGAGAUUAAAUUUAGCCAAAAGGUCUCCACAUCCAUUCAAUUAAGCUUGGUAUAUAUCUUUGGUCUAGGGUUAAUCUGUCCAUUAACUUAUAAUCAUCUUUGAUUAUGACUACCUCUCCUCCACCUCCACCAGCUGUUGCUGCUGCUUCCACAAAAACCCAAGAGAUUGCUGCUGUUUCUACUUUACUGGAAGAACGCGCUUCUACUAUCGGUUGGUUCUUCAUUUCAUCUUAUUAUAAGUUUUAUAAUUCUAAUAUUGAAAACAUUUAUAAAAUAUAUCACGCUAAUGCUUCAUUGACUCAUGCUAGUUUCCCAACUACUGAAAAAGAUGAAGAAAAUUCAAAUACAGUUCAUAAAGCUCAAGGUAUUGAAUCAAUUAAAGGUAGAUUUAAGAAUGAUGCUAAAUUAACUUCUCUUAAUAAUAGAAUUGUUAUUACUAGUGCUGUAUUUGAAAUUUCUUUAAAUAAGAAUAUCUUGAUUGUUGUAUUUGGUGAAUGGGCUAGAGAUGAUUCUCCUUAUCAUCAAUUCACUCAAACUUUUGUUUUAACUCCUGGUAAGACUGAAAAUACUUUUGAUGUUGCUAAUGAUAUUUUAAAAUUUAUUGAUUUUAAUGAAUUUAAAUAUGAUGAUUCUACUUCUUCAGGUCCAAAUUCUGCUUCAACUCUUGUUGAAUCAUCGAUUGAAGAAUCUAAAGAAGUUACUGAAGUUAAGAAGGAUGAGGUUGAAGCUUCUGAAGAAACUACUGCUGUCACUACUCCAGAAGUUAAGCAAGAAGUUGAAGAACCAGAAGAGGAACAACAAGAAGAAGAACAAUCAGCUGUACCAACUCAAGAAGUUGAAGUUGAAUCAAAGGAUGAAGAAGUUGUUGCUGUUGAAGCAACUGAAGCUGAAGUUCAAGCUGAAGUUGAAACUGAAGAAAAACCACCGGUUUCAAAUGAACCUUUAUCAUGGGCUGCAUUAGCUUCUCAAUCUGCUCCAAAACCAAAAGCUGUUACUCCAACCACUAAAGCAUCUACUGCUACUUCUACUAUUUCCUCCACCGCUACUGCUACUGCUGCUGCUUCCACCACUACUGCUAAAAAGACCGUUGUUACUCCAGUUGCUCAAGCAAAUGGUAAAUUUAAAAAGGAAGAAUGGUUCCCAAUAUAUAUCCGUGGAGUUUUAGAUAUUGACGAAAGAAAGUUAAGAGAACAUAUUUCUCAAACUUUUGGAGAACUUAAAUUCUUUAGAUUAAGUUCUAAUAUUGCUCUUUGUGAUUUUGUUACAAUUGAAGCCCAACAAAAGGCAUUAGAAGCUAAAGAAACUGUGAUUGAAGGAGUUAAGAUUCUGUUAGAACCAAGAGAAUCUAAAACAGGAAACAAUUUCCAUAAUGGUAAGAAAGCUAAGGAUCAAAAGGAUAAGACUGGUUCUUCACCAACUGGUGGUGAUUCUAAAAAGAAAAAUGAUAAGAAAAAUAGUAGUAGUAGCACCAACGGUACCAAUAAUGCUAAUAACAACAACAAUAACAAGAAAAAAAAUGGUAAACCAACUGCCAGAACUGAUUAGGGUUAGUUCUAUCAGUUAGUUAAUUAGUUAGUUAGUUGUCUAGUUUGUAUAUAUGUGUUGCAUAACCUUAUUUUAAUAGAUUUAAUGAAUAAUAAAUAAAUAAAUAUC